AUGGCCGACUCGCUCGUAAAUUCCAACGUGAACGUGAUCAAGGCCGUGCCGCCGCCGCUGAACGGCAAAGCGACGGUAUAUCUCAUCCCGAUCUACAUCUCGGCCGCGACGGCCGCGUCGCCAGAGUUCCAUGCAGCCCUGUACCCGACCCUCGAGGCCGGCGCGCCCUUCGCCUCUGCAGAGUUCGGCAAGCCCACCGGCGGCCUCGGCAUGGUGCAGAUGAUCCACUUCCACGACUCGGAGUGGGGCGACUUCCACGAGAUGCUCAUCAUCCCCGGCGUGUUCGAGUACCCGGACCCCAAGGUCAAGGGCGGGGUGGCGCACAACCGGCGCAUGACUGCUAUUUACACGGACACGCGGAGCGGGUGCUACAACGCGAGGAAGAGAUGCUGCUCACCCUCCGCCGACUGCAACUUCCCGAAACACAUGGCGCGGUUCGACUGGAAGGACCACGCUGACGGCACGACGACCAUCGCCGUGUUCCCAUACAAGGCUGACCAGAGCACGGACGCCUCGCCGUGGUUCAGCUUCAAGUACACGCCCGGUUGGCUCCCGGGUAUCCCGAUGACGACGAAGGUGUUCGCCAUGCUCGGCGUCGACCUGACGCUUGUCCAGCCGCCGCUGCCGGAGGGUAAGGGCGUCGGGCCCGUGCCCAAGGUCGGGAGCGAGGAGGUCGACUCUGCAGCCGGCGGCGAGGCCGGCACCGAGGAGAUCGGCACGGAUACCUGGGCAAAGGUGCUGCCGUACCAGUACACCCCGAACAGCGUGCUUGGCUGGGGCGACACGACGCGUCCCGACGGCACGUUCUUCGCGCCGUUCACCACGUCGGCGAGCACGCUCGCGAUCAAGAUGACGGACGCGGACGUUGUCUUGCCUGUUGGCGAGCGCGGGGCGACGCCGGGUAAGAAGGACUAG